AUGGCUGUUUCGAUAUCUCAGCUUUCUUUCGAGCAUCAUCGACAAGCUCUUGGUAUUGCCGAAUCAGAGCCUCGCAUCUCAUGGAGAUUCUCGGGAAACGCCGUUGACUGGGAGCAGAGUGCCUACGAUCUGGAGAUUCUCAAGGGGUCAGAUCUUUCAACCAUCCACAACUUUAACUCGACUGAGUCUCUCCUUGUUCCGUGGCCAGUGGCAGCUCUAGAAUCGACCGAGCAAGCUAGUGUACGAGCUCGAGCCCACGGUAGACCUGGCCAACUGUCCACGCCCUGGUCCGAUUGGGUCACAGUCGAGACCGGGCUCCUUAACUCUUCAGAUUGGGCCGGGGCUGUCCCCGUCGCCGCCGAAAGGGAGACUGAAGUUGAAGCUCCUAAACGUCCGGUCUAUUUCAGAAAACCUUUCCUUGUCAAUGCCAAUGUCACUCGUGCACGGCUCUACAUCACCGCAUUAGGGCUUUACGAAGCGGAGAUCAAUGGCCGUCGGGUUGGUGACUAUGUUCUUGCCCCCGGAUGGCAAUCGUACAAUUACCGGCAUGUUUACGAUACAUACGACGUCACGGAACUUAUUUCCAGCGGAGACAAUGCAAUUGGUGUUGCAGUCGGCGAGGGAUGGUUCUCUGGUAGACUCAGCUACGGUGGCGGUGUCAGAAACAACUAUGGAGACACCAUCGGCCUUCUCAGUCUCUUAGUUAUCACUCUUGAAGAUGGCACCAAGAUUAGGGUGCCGAGCGACGCGACUUGGAAAGCCAACACUGGUCCACUUAUCACGUCCGAGAUUUACAACGGCGAACAUUACGAUUCCACACUUGAGGCAGAGCUGGAGGGGUGGUCAUCCGCAGGAUUUGCCGCCGACGACUGGCUAGCGGCGAAAGAAUUACCCGCGCUCAAAGGCGCUUUAGUCCCUCCCGAUGGGCCUCCUGUCAGACGACUUGAAGAAAGAAAGCCGGAGUCCAUCUUCGCAUCUCCGUCUGGUAAGACACUUAUCGACUUCGGGCAAAAUCUUGUAGGCUGGCUGAGACUUACGGUCUCUGGACCCAGCGGAACAAACAUCACUCUCCACCAUGCCGAAGUUCUCGAAGAUGGGGAGCUCGCUCUUAGACCACUUAGAGUUGCUACGGCGGCUGACUCUCUUAUCCUGCACGGCAACGGUACACAAAUAUGGGAGCCACGUUUCACCUUCCAUGGUUUCCGUUAUGCUCAAGUCGAUGGCUGGCCACAGGAGACUCCUCUUACCGCUGACUCCAUCACUGCUGUUGUUGUCCACAGCGACAUGGAACAAACCGGUUGGUUCGGAUGUUCCAAUGAACUUCUCAACAAGUUCCAUCACAACGUGCGGUGGUCCAUGAAGGGGAACUUCUUAUCGAUCCCCACCGAUUGCCCACAGCGUGAUGAGCGACUUGGAUGGACUGGUGAUGCCCAUGCCUUUGCUCCGACGGCCAACUACUUGUACAACGCCGCUGGUUUUUGGAGAGGCUGGCACAAAGACAUCUGGUCCGAGAUGCAGCGAAACAACUCGAUGGUGGUUCCAUUCACCAUUCCAACCAUCCCCCCUGGAGCAUUCGGUGAUGUAGGUCUUCUCGAAGAGCAAUACCUUCAGUCUCAAGCCUGGAUUGAUACGGGCAUCAGCCGUAACGAGGUUGGGCUCUGGAACCGCAGCUCUUUCCAAUUUGCCGACUGGCUUGACCCCAAAGCCCCCUCAGAUGCCCCGGGGAAUGCCACCACUGCGAAGCAUCUUGUCGCCGAUGCGUAUCUAAUCCAUAUGACUGAUUUCCUCGCCAACAUGUCCGCAGCUUUGGGGCGUGACGAAGCGGCAGACCAGUACCGAACUCAACGGAAGGAUCUUAUCUCAGCAUUCCACGACGCCUGGAUCCAGGAUGGCGUCCUCGCAAACCAGACGCAGACUGCGUACGCCAUGGCUCUCAACUUCGGCCUCUUUACUGACGAAGGACAGCAAUCAGCUGCUGCCGAGAAGCUGCGACAGAUCGUUGCAGACAAUGACUAUCUUGUUGGCACAGGCUUUGCAGGAACUCCGCCUCUUGGGUUUGCUCUCAGAGACAUUGGCGCCACUGAAGACUUCUAUCGCAUGCUUCUUCAGACCCGAGUGCCUUCUUGGUUGUAUCAGGUGGUUCAAAAUGGGACAACUACUUGGGAGAGAUGGGACAGUCUUCUCACGAAUGGUAGCGUCAAUCCUGGCGAGAUGACCAGCUUCAACCACUACGCUUUUGGCUCCGUUGCCAACUGGAUGCACCAAGUCAUUGGUGGUAUUGCUCCUGCGGAACCGGGCUGGAAGCGAAUUACUGUUGCCCCGAUUCCUGGCGGCAACAUUACCAGUGCUGAUUCGAAAUACAUUUCACCUUAUGGGGAAGUUAAGGUCCAAUGGUGGUUCGAAAGCAAUGAUGAGGAGAAUGCCGUGCAUCGUAAUGGGUUCCACAUGGUCGUCGAAAUUCCUCCUAACACAAAGGCUGACAUCACGAUGCCCAAUGGAGGGAAGUCAACUGAAGUGGGUUCUGGAUACUACGAGUUCCAUGAUCCAAGUUAUAUUGUAGUCUAA